AGACAAGGGAGAGGAGGGAGAGAUAGCAAAGGGGGGGAUGACGAAAAGAAGACCGGUUUAAGGAACAUUAGUUUCUGCGGCCUGUUAGCAACGAGUGGAGCGUUGGUGGGAUGACAGGCCUGGUUUGACAAUCGGUUAGUGAGGGUGAGAGGGUCAUGUAAAACAGAAAUAAAGAAAAAAAAAAGAAGCUUCACUGUUGUUCUAGUUGUUACACCUGCCGUCAUAUAAAAGUGCUUGAUGGCUGUAACCCAGGCUGUACUCCCUUCCUUCAGCUCUUUCUCCAGCCUCUCUCACUCCAGUGACAAUAUGAAAGUGUGGAAGUCUGAUGCUGGCCCUCUCCCUCUCGACGCUCCAAGCAAUAAACUGUCACCGAGCAGCUCCGAGCUGCUGCAGGUGUCUCAACAAAUGGCAGAGGAGCUCCUGGAUGAUGACAGCCAAGCAUCUUGGGACAUCGAGUUCCUACUGUCUGAUUGGAGCAACCCUUCGCCUGAUCUUAACUCCUGUCUGGAGAACAACCACCAACGGCUCCCACAGCUCGACUCAAACAGAGCGUACCAGGAGACGGCCACGUUUAAGGACCAACCGGGACAGGAGAGUCUGCAGGUGAACAGUGGCAGCCUCAUGGCUGAGCUCAUGUCCCCUGUCGAAGCUACGACAGUCCAGCCAGAGCUGUACCACCGUGGUUACAAUCAAGACCAAACGGGCCGGACUUCAUUUCCCAGUGUACAUAAUGUAAAUCAGUUUGAUUUCCCCCAAGGAGGAAGUGUGGAGAGACAUAGCAGAGGAGGCCCGAAUAAGGUCACAUCAUGGGACUUCAACCCCUACUAUGCCCAGCAGCACUCCUCCAUGGUGACCAUCCCUGACAGCAGGUUCAUCCCGCCUCAGGCUAUGACUCCAGACCCUCGACACUACAGUUACAUGCCCCACUUUAAUCACAACGCCAGCCUUUUCUGUGACUACACCCACAGCCAGGCCUCUGGCUAUUUACCCCUUCUCCAGCAGCCCCUGCUAGUGGGACCACAGCUGCCCCCUGGUGGGGUGGAGGGAAAGCGUGGCAGAAGAGCUACAGGGAAGAAGAAGCCUGCCAUCCACAGCUGUGAAUACCCAGGCUGUAGCAAGACAUACACUAAGAGCUCACACCUGAAGGCUCACCUCCGCACCCACACAGGGGAAAAGCCAUACCACUGUUCGUGGGAGGGCUGCAGCUGGAAAUUCGCCCGCUCUGAUGAGCUGACGCGACACUACCGCAAGCACACAGGUCAGAAACCCUACGAGUGUCUGCUGUGUCAGAGGGCCUUCUCCCGCUCGGACCACUUGGCUCUGCACAUGAAGAGACACACCUGAAGCGUGUGUUCUUGUGAUGUUGUCUGUUUCUGGAUCAUUGUAAAGAGACAAAUGACUCCAUUUUAAAUCAAAAGCGUAUACAAUCCGUUUUUUUUAAUUAUUAUUAUUGAAGAAAGACAGAUAUCAACUGCUUAUAGAGUGUCCGCCUGUUAUGAGAGCAGGGACUGAUGGGGCCUCAAACAGAGAUGAAGGACAGGCUACAGGUCUGGUCUACAUCUGCAUACACAACCAAACAAAGGACAGCUACUGUGGCAGUUUUAUCAGAUUUUGUUCAAAUUUAUGUGUUAAUUUAGCCAUUUAUGAAUCAUCCCACACAAGCGCAGACUAGUUACUCACACAGAAAAGAACAUCAUCACAAACGAGAUUUGCUUAAGGUGCUGAAAUGGGUUAUUUUCUUUCUUAAAUACACACAUUUCAACAUCAAGGACCUUUAACUGAUGUAACUUUCUCUUAAGAGAAGAAGAAAAUAAUUUAUCGUCCUAUACGUAGAAAUUUGGCCUCUGCAUUUAAGCCGUGCAUUUUGGAUACACACAAAGGUAGUGAACACAUUUGGAGCAGUGGGCAGCUUCGUGUAGCAUGUUCAGUGAGUUAGUUGUCUGGAUCAGUGGUACUUUGGCUAUGGACACAGGCCCAGGCCCACUAAUCUAACCACUAGGUCACAGCUGCCCCACCAUCUCAGCUACACACCAGAUUCUUAGCAUCACUUUUAACUUAGUCCUAAACAUAGAUCUAAACUCAAACUGAAGCGCUAAAGAACCAGAUCCUCCUUCAAGUAUAAGUCAAACGAUUGAGAGGCCAAGUACACGACCAUAAAUUCACAAUGUAAAGAAAGGGUGUCAUGUGGUUCAUUUUGACUAACACUGUACACUGUGGGCAUGUAGUCACUGAACUUAACCUCCACCUAAAACUGUGUGGAUCGUAGGUUAAACCAUGAUACACAGCAGCCUGUCCAGUAGGAACUGGCUGUGUCUCAGGAUGCUUUGUAAGAACGCGUAGCUUUAUUACUGCUGACAUUAUCUGAUACCUGUGUGUGUUCAAUUCUAAUAUCGAAUGUAAUGCAAACACAUCAUAGAGUGUAUGAUAAACUAAUAAAUGCAUUUUCUGCAUCUGUUGAAUCAUUUUAAUUUAAGGAACACCGGCAUGCUUCUAUUCAGGCUGAUUUAAAGCUGUAAAUAAUCUGCUCUCUUUCUCCGCUGUUUCUCAUCAGUUCAAAAUGAGCUACGUAUUUAUUCUCAAGAUAUUUUAUGUCGACAGAAGAUACUAUAUUAUUGUACAAUGUUUUUAUAUUCUCAAAGGAGUGCUUUAAUGUCUAGUGAUAAUAAAGACGGUGUAAAGAUU